GUUGCUUUUUAGUCUCGUCGAUAGGGAGAGAGCAGCGUUCAAAUGGAAACGUUUCCGAAGCAGCUGUAAAGAAAAUAGUACGGGCUAUCCUCAGCUGACUGCAAAGGUUGUUAUUCCUGGGACGAGAAAAGAAAAAUGAUUGAAAUUUGAAAUAUGUGUUAAGGCUCUGUCUUCAACAAGGAGGGCUUUAUGAACUGUAGCUGCUUUAAUCAUUAUGCUAUGGUGAAAAUGUUCCAAGAAGGUUAAACAAAACUUAAAAGACAAUGGGUAAUUCAUAUGCAGGGCAACUGAAAUCAACUCGCUUUGAAGAGGCUCUUCACAGUUCCAUCGAGACGUCUCUCCGCUCCAACACUGUCGUCCCUCGACCCGUGUUCUCUCAAUUCUACCUUGACCAGCAAACUCUUAACUUGGAAGAUAUCAAGCCAAAGAUUGAGGAGCUGAACAAGGAGCUUUCCCUACAUUACCUAGAGAGGGGUAACCAGGAGCUUCUGAACAAACAGGACACCAACGGAGUGGACCAAGAGGAGGAGGAUGAAGAUGAAGACAUGUCCGAAACCAAUAGCCCCCCCAUCCCCUACACGGAGAAACCAGCCCCCGAAGGGUCUUGCACUGUGGAUGGUUUCUGUCAGGCUGGUAGGGACUUGCGGCUGGUUUCUGUGAGUAUGGAGCAGAUUGAAGUCCCGGCAGGGUUCGAGUUGGUUGGUGCCAAGUCACCAAACAUCCCCGAGCACAUACUUGUCUGUGCAGUAGACAAAAGGUUCCUACCAGACGAAAAUGGAAAAAAUGCACUUUUAGGAUUUUCAGGAAAUUGUGUAGGCUGUGGGGAGAAAGGAUUCCGCUACUUCACAGAGUUUUCAAACCACAUCAAUCUUAAACUGGCCACCCAGCCAAAGAAGCAGAAGCACUUAAAGUAUUACCUGGUGAAGAACUCUCAGGGUGCUCUGUCUAAAGGACCGCUCAUCAGCUGGAAAGAAUGUAAAACAAGACAAUCAGCAGGCUUGUUGUCUGUUAAACCAAGUUCUUCAACGUCCCCAACUAUGAGUCAAGAAAACGGAGGAAGUAACGGCUACAGUUCGUCCUUCAUUCAUACAGCAGACUCUCCAUCCAGUCGGACACAGACGUCCUCCUCGGUCAGCUUAUAUGGAAGUCUGGACAUGUCCAGAGAUCGCAGCCUUGCGAAACCUCCAGCUGUGUCCUUGCAGCUUGUGACAAAGAAUCAAGCCGCAGCUCCCGCUGCAGCACGUGUUAAUGGCUCUGCUAACGGGUUGAGUAAUGGAGGAAGGGCCGGCAUGUCCAGCUCGUCACAACCCCCUCAAUCGGUGGCUCAUUCCACCUCACACAGUCCUGGCUACAGCGCUGCAGACCCAGCAGCAAUGAGCGCCGGACCUCCUAAGAAAAGGCAUCGCGGCUGGUACCCUGGAUCUCCAGUGCCGAUUCCUGCCACAGCUGUACCUGUUCCUGCAGUCCGCCCUGUAGCCCGAUCAUCAGAGCCACUGUUGUCGGCCCCUGCUCCUCAACCCAUGGUGUCUGGGGUCUUGCAGCCUCAGGCCAUUCCCGCAGCAGAGACCGUGAUUGUACCUGAGAAUCUGCUCAAUGACUCAGGAGUUAGACCAGUCAUUCUCAUUGGUUAUGGCACUUUACCAUAUUUCUAUGGCAAUGUGGGAGAUAUAGUGGUUAGCCCACUACUGGUGAACUGCUACAAGAACCCCCAGCUGAACGGAAAGACUCUGGAGAAGCUUGGCAUGGCUAGCAGCCAGUUACUGAGUGUGGAGAGUAUGAUCUUAUUGACCCUGCAGUACCUAGUUAGAUUAGGAUCGGAUCAGAUCCCACUGCGGGAGGAGUUUGAGCAGAUCGUCCUCAAGGCCAUGCAGGGGCUACCACUGCAGGAGCGCUCAUCUCUGCUGCCCGGUGCCGGCUUGCCGUCCUGUUACUCAGUCUCUCAGGCUCAGCUGCCCUGGCUGGCCCGCCUCACCGCCAGCGUCUCCAAAGACUCUGUGCACGUCCUCGUAACCCACAACUCCCUGGGGGAGGGUAUUUCAGAGACGCUUCGUUCCCUCAGCGAGAUCCCGCCUCAGCAGCGGCUGCCUGACUAUGUUGUUGUGAUCUGCACCUCCAAGAUGCGAGGAAACGAGUUCUGUGUGCUGGUCCUAGGUCAAUAUCAGUCGAGGGCACUUGCAGAGAGCAUGCUCACCACUAACGAGUUCCUGAAAGAGAUCAGUUAUGAGCUGAUCACCGGGAAAGUCAGCAUCCUCGCUUCACAUUUCAAAACUACCUCAUUGGGAGAUAAUUUAGACAAGCAGCUGGAGUGGUUUCAGCAGAGGAGAGGCGAUAAGGUUGUUGUGCCUUUCCGAGGCGGUGUUCACGACUGUGUUCAGUCGCAGGAAGCUGCUGCCAUGAUGCCAAUGCAGGACACGGGCUCUGGCAAUGAAGUGUUCCAGAUCUACGCUCCACAGCUGAAUGUAGCCCGCAAGCUUUUAUCCCAGGUGUGCUCCAUAGCUGACUCGGGCAUCCAGAGCUUGGACCUGGGCCGCUUCUGCAAAGUUGACUUCAUGAUCCUAGUGCCCCCCUCCGAGGUCCUCUUCCACCAGACUGCACAGCGAGUCAGACAAUCAGGAGUUCUGGUGGAUCUGGGUCUCGAGGAAGCAGCCGCCAUCCACCAGAAAGCAGAAAAAUAUGUUGUCCGGUUAGACAACGAUGUUCACAGCAAGUUUGAGGCCUUCGUAAGGAAAGUUAAGCAGAAUCCGUAUACCCUGUUUGUCCUGAUUCACGACAAUUCCCACGUGGAUUUGACCAGCUUGAUCUCGGGGUCAGUGUCGCAUGGAGAGCUGCAGGGCCUGGCUGACCGCGUCAUUAACUGCAGGGAGGCUCUGGAGUCGAUGAAUCUCCUGGUCCUGCAGGUCAGCUCCUUCCCCUUCACCCUGCAGACACAGCAGUCCCGGAUCAGUGUUUACAACGAGGUGCACUGGCCACUACGCGAGAGCAUUGAGGAGUCUGGUGCAGAGGAGCAGGUGUAUUUUGGUCUGAAUGACUACAGCAGGUCCCUGCGGUGGGGCGUAGCAAGUCCUGUUCUGAGAUGUGACGAAGCCUUUGAAAAAAUGGUGAACACCCUUUUGGAGAGGUACCCACGGCUGCACAGUAUGGUGAUUCGCAGCUACCUCCUCAUCCAGCAGUACACUGAGGCCAUGAUGGCCUUGACCUCCAUGACCUCCCUGCGGGACCACACGACGCCCGAGACUCUGGGUAUCUUAGACGACCUGAUCAGCAUGCCAGGCAAGGACAAGAGCGGCAGGGGCCACAUGCUCAUUAUCCGCGUGCCCUCACUGCAGCUGGCCAUGCUGGCCCGGGAGAGGCUGGAGGAGGUCCGUGACAAGCUGGGCCUCCAGUACCGCUUCGAGAUCAUCCUGGGCAGCCCCUCCUCCGAGCUCUGCCUUGCCAAGCACUUCAUAACCAGGAUCAAGGCGUGGAGAUGCAGUGAAAGUGAAGACUGGGUUCCCCGCACCUAUGAGGACCUGGAGGGACUGCCAUGCAUUGUGAUUCUGACUGGAAAAGACCCUCUUGGGGAAACAUUCCCAAGGUCGCUGAAGUAUUGUGACCUGAGGCUAAUCGACUCAAGCUACCUAACGCGGACAGCCCUAGAGCAGGAGAUUGGGCUGGCGUGCAGUUACACGUCACGGCAGGCCAUCCAGGAGCCCUUGGGGGCCAUGGACCUGCCAGUGCGGCAGCAGGAAAAAGCCAACAGUAGUGAGAACGACUCAGAGGAGCUGCACGUCGACCUGGAGAGACCGCAGAGCAAUGGCAGCGCAGUCACUGGAACCUCAGUAGGCUCCAUCACAGAGAAUGGGGUGAGCUCUUCAAGUGCUGUGGACAGCUCCCAGAAGACAUCCUCCCUCACCUUUCAGAACAUGGCCAGCAGUUCAGCCGAGAAGGGUGCCUCUCCGCCGGGCGUGAAGCAGGGCUGUGACUCUCAGGGCAGCCAGCCGGCCAGCAGCAGUGUCUCAGUCCCCCAGCCUUCCUCCUGUGGUGCCUCCACAUCCCCCUCUUCCUCUUCCCACAACUCCCGGAGGCCCAGCCAGUCCACACAAGAGAGCUGGAGCCCCCAGGCUGCCCAGCCCCGCACUGUCAUCCUGUCCCGGGCAGCCUACAACCUGCUGGGCAGCGAGAGCACCGGCCAGCUGCACUCGUCCUCUCUGCUGCCCCACGCUGACGUGACCUGGAGCAGCCCCCUACGGCCCCUCUUCUAUAGGGGCCUCAGCACAGAGGAGCAGUCCCUCUACUACCGCCAGUGGACCAGCGCCCGCCAGCACCAUGCCGACUGCAGCAACCAGGUCGGGCAAGAAGCCAUCGGCUUCCACCCACGUCGUUUGUUGCUGACUGGGCCACCACAGGUGGGGAAGACGGGAGCGUACCUGCAGUUCCUGCGGAUUGUGUUCCGCAUGCUGAUUCGCCUUCUGGAGGUAGACGUGUACGAUGAGGAGGAGGUUGAUGAGGAUGUCACAGAAAGCAGUGAAUUAACCCAACCAUCCAAUGAUCAGUGGCCAAACAUUGAAGUCAUCAGCAAUAUGCCCUUUGACCUUCGCCCCCAUGAUCCAAAGUCCCGUCACACCAGUCCUGUGUACACGGAGAAACCGACCAAGUCUCUCCAAGGUUAUAAUAAAGAAAUAAAGCGUGAGGUAUCUGCCAAGCGGGAGACAGUCUCUAUAAUGUUAACCAAGUAUGCCACCCACAAUACUUUCCACCACUGCGAACAGUGCCACCAUUACACAGAAGCCAGCCCAGCAACACAGUUGUCUGACUCCACACUCCACGCAUUCACUUUUUCAUCCUCCGUGUUGGGAGGCGAGGUCCAGCUUCACUUUAUCAUUCCCAGAUCCAAGGAGAACUACUUUGUCUUCAGCCAGCAAGGGAGGCAGCUGGAGAGCAUGCGGCUUCCCCUGGUCUCUGAUAAGAAUGCUGAUGUGUUGAAGAGCCCCAUCUUCACACCGACGACCGGGCGGCACGAGCAUGGCCUGCUGAACAUAUUCCAUGCCACAGAAGGUGCUGGUCACCUUCACGUCCUGGUAGUCAAGGAGUAUGAGAUGCCUCUUUACCGCAAGUAUUGGCCCAACCACAUCCUGCUAGUCCUGCCGGGGAUGUUCAACAACACUGGUGUAGGAGCAGCCCGGUUCAUGAUCAAGGAGCUCUCUUACCACAACCUGGAGCUGGAGCGAAACCGCCUGGAGGAGCUGGGGGUCCGGAGGCAGGAGGUGUGGCCCUUCAUCCUCAUCAUGGAUGACUCCAGCGUUCUGUGGAAUGCUCACAAUGUUCAAGAGCAGACCAGUCAAUCAGACGCAUCCCCCAGCUUCAAGAACAUCUCUCUAAAGACAGUCCUGCAGCACAUGGAGGCCACUCCCAAGAUCACCCAGUACGCUAUGUGUGGUGUCAGGAAAUGGAGUCGCCGCCUGACAGCCAAGAGGCCUGGUGCCCCUUUCUCACGCUGCCACAUCCACGACUUUAUUUUGCUCAACAUUGACCUGACCCAGAAUGUUCAAUAUGACCUCAACAGGUAUUUCUGUGAGGAGAUUGACUUCAAUCUGCGGGUUAAUAGCAGCGGCCUGCUGAUCUGUCGCUUUAACAACUUCAGCCUUAUGAAGAAGCACAUUCCUUGUGGUGGCCAUAAGGACUUUGUCAUUAAACCCAAGAUCUUGGUGUCUGAUAACUUGACCUCCAUCAGCCCCUCGCAGUACGUCUGCGCCCCAGACAGUGAGCACAUGCUGCUGGCUGUCCCGGCCCAGUUUCUGCUGGAGAAGUUCCUGCAGCACAGCAGCUACAAACUCUUCCCCAAGGCCAUUUUCAACGAGAAGAGCCCCGUUCUGGCCAUCGACUGCUACCUGAACGUGAGCUCAGAGGUGUCGAUUUGUUACAUGAGCUCUCGGCCUCACUCAGUGAACCUGAACCACGAGGGGCUGGUGUUCAGUGGGCUGCUCCUCUACCUCUGCGACUCCUUUGUGGUUGCGGACCUGCUCAAGAAGUUCAAGUUCCUUAAAGGUGCCACGUUGUGUGUUAUCUGUCAAGACCGGAGUUCGUUACGGCAGACUAUUGUGCGCCUGGAGCUGGAGGAUGAGUGGCAGUUCCGCCUGCGUGACGAGUUCCAAACGGCAAACAGCAGCGACGACAGACCCUUGUACUUUCUCACAGGGCGCCACACCUGAUACCAAAAACACCAUUCGAAUCUUCAUUAUUGUAGAAGAUAAUCAUAACAAGCGGAGAAUGUGUUCAGCAAGAGCUGGACUUACAAUCAAUCAUAUCCAAAGAAAUACAAAGAAAUGGAGUUGCCCUCUGAUCAGAGAGGAAAAAGCACAUUCCAUUUACACUGACCUUAAAACUGCAUGAAUCAAAAUGAUUGAUGCCAAAAUGGAUAAAUGCUGCUACAUGAACUUGCACAGCUGGCACAAGGUGGUUUGAGAUCAGUUUGUGAAAGUGCUCAUGCCAGGGGUGUGUGAAUUGUUUUAAAGAUUGUAAAGCAAGGGGGAUGUGCCCUUGGUUCUAGCUCAUACUGUACUUGAGGUACAGUCCAUCUCAGGGUUUUUAAAAAGAAUAUAGAGGUUACUUUAAAGAAAACAUACAUAAAAAUGUUCUCAUUAUCUAAAUGUGAAGUGUUUAUGUUUUGUAUUUUAUAUAAGAUUUAUAAAUGUCUGUUCUGUGGACCUGUAAGAUGCACCGAUGCACAGAUGUAAAGCGGUGUUAGCACACAAUCCUUAUUGGUCAUUUUGCCUCUAAUCCACACAACAGGUGAAGUGGUUAGACCCAAAGUAAGGAAAAAUUACUUGAUCUUAGUGUUAAAGCACAAUCGCUUGUGCUCUGCAAACAGAUCUAUUGGGUUAUUGUGUUAAUGCAAACCACUCCUAAUGCAUUAUAGAAUUUCCUACCCAAUCCAAAAAGAUUUCUUUAUCUAAUCACAACUAAACUGAACUACCCUUUUUCAAGUGUAAUAGUGUAAGAGAUACCCCAAACCUAAUCAGAGCCUUUAGAACAUUAGUGAAACAUAUAUGGUACUGAUAAAGCACAAAAUUCUUGUAGCAGAUAUUGGAAUGGUCUGGACAAUUAGCAAAUUUGGGGGUUUAAUAGUAACAGAAUAUAUUAAAGUUAGAAUGAGAAGAAAAUGAACAUCCUACCCGUGUCAUUUGUUUUGUGGUUUCCAAAUCCUGUCUUGUUUGUGUUUUACAUCACAUCAUUGAAACUUAUUUUUAAAAAGUUUAAGCACAUCAUGCUUCAUGCUUUGCUGCUAGCAUUUAACUCAACCAGCGCAUCACAAAUUCAUUUCAAGGGAAGCUCAGACAGGUGUAGAAGGUAUAGACAAAUAACCAAAUUAGUCUCACAUUGAUGAUGCAAAACCCUUAUGUGAGAUUCUCACCUCAGGCUAUUUGAAGUGGUCUUCAGCAGCAAGGCUUAGGGCUAUGAACUUUUCUUUAAAUAAGUUUCAAUGAUGUGAUGAAAAACAGAAACAAGACAAGAAUUGGACAAAAAUGUGUAAAGGGAAGGGAUGAGAACUAAUUUGGCCCUUUAUUAGUUUCAUAGGAUUAUGUUUUUUACUCCCAAACUCCCAAUCAUAAACUCUGAUUCCUAGGCAGCUAAUGAGUUGGAAAAUGGGUUUAGAAAAGUUCAAGAUCGGAUAUCCUUGAUUUACUGGUAUUGUGGAGCACAUUGACCAAUGAGGAGCAAGGCACCUGCCAAUUCUGCAUCUAUUUCUUUGAUGGCUGGUUUCAUAGACUGCAAUUAGCACUAGUCUUGAACUGCUUCCCCUAAGGUUACAUUAAGCUAUCCAAGAUUAGUGUUAAUCAGGGUCUGUGAAAUCAGCCGACAGAGUUACAACUUUAUCUUAAAAUUAAAAAGCAGUGUUUACAAUAAAAUAAGUAGUAGAAUAAUAUAUUAAGUCAGUGAAUAUGGUUUCUUAUUUUGUAAUAGAAGUGGUACUUUGUUGUUGCUUUAUUGAAUUGCCGUGACGUGGUGGCAGAGGCACAACGAUUCUACCUAGAUUCCGGUGAUGUUUUCGCAAAGUCCUGGCAUAUCUCUUCUCUGAAACUCGUAAUUUAAAUUGGAAAAACAAUCCGGCCUCUAAACAGAAUUUUAAAUAUUUUAAAGAAGUGUUUUAGCCGGAUACUGGUGUUAAAUGGGGUCGACCAUACCUUUGGAUCAAAGACAAAUGGAUAGAUGGUGGAGCCCCUACAGGUGGGACUGGUUGUAACAUACUUAAGUAUACCUUUCUACAAAAGUUUUAAAAUGGUCUGCUUCCAAAAUUCACUGUUGAAGCUGAGAUGGACAGAAAGUUGCCAAAUUCCCCAUUUACCAAAAACGAAAGUACAGCAUCUAAACCAGUAGUUUUUUAUUAUUAUAUUAAAUGCUGAAACUGGUGAAUUUGUCUACAAAAACCCAUGCCUGUGCAAGGCACUAAUUAAAAGUAAAUGAAGCAAUUUCUAACACCAAUGUUAUUUUCCAGUCGCCUUCAUUAAUUAACUGCUGAAUGUAAAUGGAAUGCCUCUGAUGUAUGCAUUGUUUAUUUCCUUCUGUUCUGGUCUGUAGAAAGUAACUAAAACUAAUUCAGGCACGUAACUUUUGCAAUUGCUUUUUGUAAUUUUGAACAGAUGAAUAAUCUAAAUUGCUGUCUCCCCCCCACCCCAAGAGACCUCCUUGGUCACCUGUGUGAUCUACCUUACACUUACCAUUUUUGAUUUGUUUUUUGAACCUGUGGCUACAUGACAUUCAAAAUAUGCUUUUGGCUUCAAUUGAUGAAUGUAAUAAAUUGACAUUUAAACUGUA